AUGGAAAUGCGAAAUGGGCCGGCCAAAGCCCUGGAACUUGAUCUCAGCGAAUCCAACUCGCCUGAGGGCCGGAUUGAUAACUCUUCUAAGCGCUAUUCCGAAGCGCUCGGCAUUGUCGAUUACCUAAAGCUCCCGCCUUGCCCUACGACUACCGGAAGCUUUGUUCGUAUCUGUCGCCUCUCGAGGAAGGCUAUUCGGUUGUUCAAUGACUGCAUCGGCGCGCACACCUGUCACUUUCGCGCCACUUUCUAUAUACCAUUUCCUCUCGCGCCACAUUUCAACCUCAUCCUCAUCUUCAAUUUUCUGCCAAUUGCCCUCUUCUGGGUGAUCGGUCCGGCAAAUCCUGGUCUCCCCAAGACCUUUGUCGCAAAGCCCAUUCAAGACGAGAAUGAGGAUGAGCUUUGGGCUUACGAGACGCUGGGGAAGUUGCAAGGAGAUGUCAUUCCAAGAUGCUAUGGAAGCAUCAAAUGGAGGGAUGCAAGCAGCACAGGUGGUGGCUGGUACUCGGGAAUUGCAGUCGAGUAUUUGCAGGAGUAUCUUCGCUACCUACAACCAACUGAUAUGUGUGAGAACAUCUCCGCCAAAUUCGUCUCAGAUCUCGACGCCAUUAGUGCAGAGUGA